AUGAGAUCGCUUAUUUGGAUAGUGUUACUGUCGAUAUCCUAUGAAGCUGCCUUUGGAUCAGAAUGUGGAGAAUCAACAAUACCAUACAGUUUAGAGGUUCUUCCAUCAGGCCAACCAAUUCUCGGCUGUGCCAGACCAACAUGCUUCGGAUGGCAUCCAAAUGGUCAUCAACUUCCAACCACCGCUAAAUUCUUCCGCAUAAAUCAACAGUCAGACGGAUUCCUUCGUGAUGAUCCUUUAGCUAUUCACACUUUCGACGCCGCUGACCCGCGAGUCUAUUCUCAGCAGCAUGCGACCUGCGAACACGAGUUCCAAUCAUUUUCAUGUAACCAAGAGGAUCAAUGGGUUGGAGGUAUUUCUCCAGUUAUGAAUGCAACCAACACCCAAGUUAUUGCCUACCAAUGUUGUACUUAUCCACCACUACGUGCAUCAACUGAUCGUGGCCUUGCUACAGUAUCUGGAGGACAAAUUGUGGUUGGAGGAGAAGUCACUGAGAACAACAAGCAAUACGCAUUUGACUAUAUCAGCAACGUUGAGAAAAAACUUUCUGCUGAGGGAGAGGUGUUUUAUGAGGUCAACAUUAGAAGAUUCUCUUGCUUGGACCUCCAGAAGGCAGAUAGAUCAGUUCAAGAAAUCUUGAACGCCGAAAACAUCAUUCGCCAAGUGAACAACCAAAAGGCCGUAGCUCACCAAGCUCCCAUCGCUGCUGUAGACACUCCUAUCGAGGCUGGAGAGCUCGUUGUCCCAGAAGGAGUUGUCAAUGGACAAGCAGUCAUUAUUGAAGAAAUCGUAGCGCAAGAAGGAUUUAUCGAAGAGGUGACAACUCCAGUUCCACCACCACCAUUCCAACCACAAGGAUUUCAACAGCCACCGCCACAGCCAUUCCAGCCACAGCCAAUCCCACAAGGAUUCCAGCAACCAGUGCAGCCACAAGUGUUCCAGCCAGUGCCUGUUCAACAACCAGUGCCAGUACCAGCUCAACCAGCCGGAUAUUUCCCAUAUUUCUCAGCUCCAGCUGGACUUGAACUUUACUAUUGCUUCCCUGCUGAUGCUACUGUACAUGUUUACGAUCAAGGAACCAAGAGAAUGGACGAGUUGGAAGUUGGUGAUUGGGUUCAGGCUUUUGAAAAGAAUGGAGAGACCGUAACCCAUGUUCCGGUUCAAUACUGGAUCCACAGGGACCAAACUCAAAAAGCUACUUUCAUUGAAUUCUCCCUUGACAACGGAGAGAAGUUUUCGCUUACCGAGAAGCACAUGGUCUAUGUUAGCCAAUGCGAGAACAACAACUAUGUAGAGGGCAUUAAUUCUAACGCAGUGCCAGCCGAGAAAGUCAACGUUGGAGAUUGCUUCUACGUUGCUCAUCGCACGAACUCCAAACUUUACCAACAUGUGAAAGUUCUUGAUAUCAACAAGGUAAAGAAAACUGGAAUAUAUGCACCAAUGACGUCAGUUGGACAUCUUCUCGUGAAUAGAAUUCAUACUUCCUGCCACUCGGAAACUGAUAAUCAUACUCUCCAAGACACAUUCUUUGCGAACGCUCUACACUUUAAAAAUCUUCUCAUGAAGUUCUUCGGAACUGCUGAUUCCACCAAGGAAGAGAAUCUUGGAUAUGGAAUUCAUAGUUUGUUGGAUGUGGUUGACUUGGUGCUUCCCGCUAAAUUUGUAUAA